GGUGCAGAGUAAUAUAAGAACCGCAAUUCGUUCGGGACGUUUGGACAGGCCCAGACAUUUGACUGUGUAUGUUCAAAGUCACAGUUGUAAUUUUAGAAAGAGAACUGCUACCGUAUUUGAUGCAAGCAGCAGCAAUAUCAGCAAGAAGAGCUAUUACCCAAUUCGCACACAGCGGCGUGAAAGACAUUACGUCGUUUCCGUCGAUCCGGAGAGCGAGCAAAAUGACGACAGGAAUCUUUAAGCACAUUGACACGGUGGCACAGCCGCCCAAUACCAAGCCUUGGGCCAAAGUUGAUGCCGAUGCGGCAUCGUUCAAGCUUCUCGAGCACAAGCGCUCGGUCCACGACCUGCGAGGUCGUGAGUCCGAGUUCACAACAGAUAAUUCCGGUUUUGCCGUCUACAAAUCACCUUCUAACGAGAAGACCUUCACGGAUGACGGUGCCGUCAGGGACGGCUACUAUGCCGAGGUCGAGAAAUUGCUACGCAAGCAGAUCCCGGGGAUCAGGAAAGUUGUCAUCUUCGACCACACGAUCAGGCGACGCAUUCCCGGUGCUGCGCGAGCGCCGGUGCAACAAGUCCACGUCGACCAAACCCCAGGAGCUGUUGACGUGCGCGUAAGACGCCACUUGCCUAAAGACGAGGCCGAAGAACUUCUCAAGGGGAGGUACCAAAUCAUCAAUGUCUGGCGACCUAUCGAGAACCCGGCGAGCGACUUCCCGCUGGCCGUGAUCGAUUGGCGGACUACGCAACCAGAGGAUUUCGUGCCGGUGGACUUGCUGUACCCAAAGCGUGCGGAUGCUGCCGUGGACGACGACGAUCGCGGCAAAGAGGUUAGACCUGAUGAAUCAAAAUGGUAUUCUACAGAGGGCUACGAGGUGAAGGGUGAGACCAUGGCGGUCAAUCCAAAUCCAGCACACAAGUUCUACUACCAGAAGGACAUGACACCUGAUGAGGUUUUGCUGCUGAAGUGUUAUGAUUCUUUCGGUGAGGGUCAGCCUAAAGGCCAAAAGGGCAUUGCUGUGAGGACGCCGCACACAGCAUUCAUCGACCCUUUGACGCCGAAGGAUGCACCGGGCAGACAAAGUAUCGAGGUCCGCUGCUUGGUGUUCUACGAGUAAGGACCACUGGCAGACACUACCGGUACUCCGUAGAUAGCAGCGCUAGAGAAGGAGCUGACCAGUAAAUGUCAAUUACAGCGUACUCCUCUCGACCAAAUGGAACUUCUUUUUUAAUAAA